CCCAGCAUGAGCCUACAGUAAGAUGUCGUUGCUGCCUGUGUAUAACAACAUAGUGUUGCAGCUGCUUCAUUCUCUGCAGCCCAGUUAUUUGUAAAAGUUCUUUUAGAUUCUACCCACUCACUCCCGUAUGGUUUGGAACUCUUCUCUCUAGUGCUCUCUCUUUUUUCCCCUUCAAUCACUCUCUGCCUCAACUAUAUUUGAUUCAAUUGACGAGAGAUUUUAUAGUGUUGCAAGCAGUGUUGCAACUGUGACUCUAGCUUCAGAUUCGUUAGUUGUUCCUCAUCGGGAUCAGAAGACUUGCAGUUCCCAAGAGCUUUCCUUUGCAAAUCUUUGUUCAAUAAGGAAACAGGAAUUCUGAGAUCAUGGAAGAAAUCAUUGAAGAAACUUUCUGCCUUAAAGCAUGCAAUCAAAUUCAUGAGAUUGGUGCAUUGAGAGAUAAUCUUGUGGAAGAAGCUGAUGCUCAAGAAAGGGGGAACGAACCUUAUAUUGAUGAGCAACCCAGUUAUUUCCCACCAGAACUGGUCGGUCAUCUUCCAAAGAAUUCGAAUAUAUUGUAUCAUUACUACUUAAUGGAGCUGGAGCAGAAAUUUGUUUACGAUAUUCCAGUUCAUGAUAUUGUGCUUGUCCUGCGAAAUAGGCUAGAAGCUGAACUUGGAAGCUUGCAUUUUGACUUGGAUGUUGACAGGGAUCGUUUGACAGUGAACUUUAAAUAUGUAGGAGUGAUUAAUCUUAGCACAGAUCAGGUCCUUUUGUGUAGAAGGUUUCAGAAAACUCUUUUAAGAGUUCUUAUUCAUCAUGAUUUGAAAAGUUUAAACGAGCGUAUGGAUGGAGAUAUUUUGGGAGCUGAGACCGAUUAUCUUUUGCUCCCAGCCACUGCAAAGCAUCAGAGACCUGAGAUCAUUGAUUGGCCUUGCGUUAAUUCUGUGCUAUUUUCGUGUAAGAAGAAUGUUGAAUCUCACUUGAAUUGUUCUUUACCCGAGGGUUGUGCUCGUAUUGUACAAACCAAAGAUGGUCCUGUAUGCACUUGCCUGCUUCAGAAUUCUUUGGUGUACACCCCUCACACUGAUCAGAUGUAUUGCACAACUGGGAUUUUGGAAUUGAAUGCAAACUCACGUCGUGGCAAAAUCAAUUCUUACAAGAAAUACUAUGAAGAACGGCAUGGAAUCAAGCUGUGUUUUGAGCACGAAUCCUUGGUUAGAGGGAGACCCAUUUUUCGGGUGAAAAAUUACCUUCAAAGAUGCAGAAAUCAGAUAGAGAAAGAAUCAAGUAUGCCGUCGGUUGAAUUGCCUCCGGAGCUUUGUUCUAUAGUUAUGUCACCGAUAUCAAUCAAUACAUUUUAUUCUUUCUCAUUUGUUCCUUCAAUCAUGCACCGGCUUGAGUCUUUGCUUAUAGCUGCCAACUUAAAAAUGAUGCAUUUGGAUCAUUGCAAUCAGAAUGAUGUUCUUCCAAUCUCCAAGGUCUUGGAAGCAAUUACUACAAAGAAAUGCCAAGAGACAUUUGACUCGGAAUCCUUAGAAACGCUGGGAGAUUCAUUUCUCAAAUAUGCUGUGAGUCAACAACUUUUCAAGACCUGUCAAGAUCAACCGGAGGGUGUGCUUACUUCGAAGAAAGAAAAAAUAAUUUCAAAUGCAGCUCUUUGCGAGUUUGGAUGUUACCGCAAACUUCCGGGAUUUAUUCGAGAUGAGUCCUUCGAUCCGGAAAGGUGGAUCAUUCCGGAUGAUAGAUCGGGUAGUGCAUUAAGUGAGGAGAUACUUUUUAAUACGAGAAAAAUCUAUAUUAGGGAAACUAGGAAGAUGGAAAGUGAAACUGUUGCUGAUGUUGUGGAGGCACUAAUCGGUGCAUUUCUUAGCAUAUGUGGUGAAACAUCAGCCUUGCUAUUUAUGGAUUGGUUGGGUAUAAAGGUAGAUUUUCACGUUACACCAUAUGAGAGACACUUCCAAAUACACGCCGAGAACUUUGUAAAUGUCAGACAUUUGGAGUCCCUAUUAAACUACUCAUUUCGUGAUCCUUCUUUGUUAGUGGAAGCAUUGAUCCAUGGUUCUUACAUGCUUCCAGAGAUUCCAAGAUGUAAUUAUCAGCGACUUGAAUUUCUUGGGGACUCAGUUUUGGAUUAUCUCAUUACCAAGCAUUUCUAUUGUAAAUAUCCUGGGUUGUCACCAGAGCUGCUAACUGACAUGAGAUUGGCUUCUGUGAAUGAUGAUUGUUAUGCACGAUCUGCAGUCAAGUGGGAACUGCACAAAGACAUCGUCCAUGCCUCACAAGAACUCAACAAGCAGAUAGUUGAAACUAUUAACAAUUUUGAGAAGUUAUCAUCAGAAUCAACUUUUGGAUGGGACUCCGAGACAACUUUCCCCAAGGUACUUGGUGAUAUUAUAGAGUCUCUAGCAGGUGCCAUUCUUGUUGAUUCUGGAUACAAUAAGGAGAUCGUCUUUGGUAGUAUAAGGCCUCUUUUAGAGCCUCUGAUCACACCUGAAACGCCAAUGUCUCAUCCUGUAAAGGAGUUGACUGAACUAUGCCAAAAAGAGCAUUACAAAAUGGAAGAGACAAACAAGAACCGCAACGACAACGAGGGUCGUAGUUCCAUUACAGUAAAAGUAGAUGCUAAAGGUCUCCCAUUCGAGUAUACAGCUAUAGCUGCCAACCGAAAAACAGCAAGAAAAUUAGCUUAUAAAGAAGUUUUGAAGUCCUUGAAGGAAUCCAAGGCCUUUUCUGGCUUUUCGGCUUCUCAUUCUGAGCUUUCUAGUUGUUUUGAGCUUUUUGGAACUACACAAAUGGACACAAGGACAACAUCAACAGGGUUUAAAGCGGUUGCAAAGAGGAAGCCUGUGUUCAUCAAGGUGGACCAGCUGACACCCGGCACACAAGGCCACACCCUUGUUGUCAAGGUUGUCAGCUCCAAGCCCGUCAAGGUCACCAACAGCAAGCCUACCCGAUCGUCUAUGAUUUUAUCUCGGCCCCUACACCCCAUACGAAUCUCUGAGUGCCUCAUAGGCGACGAGACGGGGACCAUCGUUUUCACUGCUCGCAAUGAUCAAAUUGAUAUCAUGAAGCCCGGUGCCACUGUGAUCCUGCGGAAUGCAAAGAUUGAAAUGUUUAAAGGGUUUAUGAGGAUAGCAGUUGAUAAAUGGGGUCGUGUUGAGGUCACUGAACUUGCAAAUUUUGAUGUUAAAGAGGAUAACAAUCUCUCUCUUGUGGAGUAUGAGCUAGUUGAUGCCAUUGAAGAAUGAUUGUGUCGUAUGGAAGGCGAUGUUUUUGAAUUGGGGGUUUGAGUUUGUGUGCUGGCAAUGAAUUGUUGUCUGGAUUUUUAUAUAUGUUACAAAUAUUUCUGAAGUUGUUUUUGCCCCCUAAUAUAUCAAUGGUAAAUUCAAGUAAUUGUGAAAUUGGGAAAGUGAUUGUACUUGGAAUGUUUGAUCAAUGGUGCAGCUUAUGCUCUCCACAUUUGUUCUUCGGAAAAGAAAAGUCCUUGAAGGAUUUUGCUUUACAUGGUAAAUGUUGAAAGGAUAAGAAUAUAAAGCCUAGUAAAAUUUGGACUUAUCCAAGUUGAGUUAUUGUUGUUA